AACUCGAAGCACCACAAUCACCGUAAAAAGGUAGCAAACAGCGGACCAAAAUGCGCACUCUAGCAAUCAUCGCUUUGGGGUUUUUUGUCGUCGCGUCAGCCAGGCCUAGUUUUGAGCAAGGUUUAAAGAAAUGUUAAAAAACAUUGAUGAAAGAGCUUCUACUCGUCCAAAAGUCAGAUUUGAUCUUCCGAAAGAAGAUCAAAGAGAAUCUGAUCUUCGUGAACUGCUGAUGAAUGUGAUCGAAAAGUAUGAAACCCGUAGCCAAAGUGUAAGAUCAGAGGAGGAGUCUGAAGAGAGAUGCGAUGAAGAGUACAAUAUAACGAUACCUUGUAUAGAUGUGCCUGAUAAGCGAGCUUUCAUGCAGUGUGCACUCGAUGAGGGGGAAAAGGCUGAGCAGACCUUUGCCAGAAUCUUCAAAGAAAACAAUGACGACAACAAAGACCUUUACAGUGAACGGGAGAUGCGUUUUGUUCAGAACUUAAGAGCAUCUGACCUUGUGUCCUUGAAAGUGAAAGAAUACACAGACAUGAUAGUGGAGGAAAUGGGAUACCUUCGCUUUAAAGAUGCAGUUAAUUUUGAAGACAUGACGGAAGAAACAAUGCAAGAGCUAAUGGAGACUCACUGCAGGUAUACAGUCAUAAAGCAAGAAACCUCACAGAGAAUCGAAAGCAUCUCAUUCAACUAGACUUUAUCACGUUUUAGACAUCUUUAAUCUGGAAUGAGUGAUUGAUAACUGCCUGCUACGUAUACCAUUACGAGAAUUGUCUUUAUGAUUUCCUGUUUUCUUUCUAUCAUAGAGACGUUUUAUAUAAAAUAUCAUAUCUAAACAUUGUGAAACAGUUGUUUGUUUACACUAUAUUUUAGAUGGUCAACAUUAAACAUUAAUUAUUGAAUCAUUUAGGAUUAUUUAAAACUCUUAUUAUACUACGAAUAAACCUUUCUCUUCUGCAGCACAUGCUUUUGUGUG